GAGAUCGGCGAAGCCAUCAAUCGAUCAGUUGAUGACCUAAUUUUCAGCACGGGACCAACGAACCGUGUUCCACAAGCAAGUGAGGGAAAGAGAAAGCGGGGGCGAAAGGAGAGGAGGAGAAGGGAGAGGAGGCAAAGGAGAGGAGGAAAGGGGAGCGGAGGAGAGGGGGGCCGGUGUUCGGUUUCAUCAGAGGAGAUGGCGGUGGAGGGCUGGGUGUGGGAGGUGCGCAGUCGAAAGCUGGGCAGACAGGCAUGCCUGCUCCUCUAUCUUGUGCUGCAAGGAAAACGUGUACUCGCCUAUAAGAAGAAGGCAGUGGUGAAGACGGGUGUGCUUCACGAGAACUCAAAGGUUGAAGAUCGAGGAAGGGAGAACAUCAAUGGGCAUGACUAUAGUUCAAGACCCGAUGACUACACUGGCCUACGAUGGACAACAGCAGACUCCUAAGACGCAGGUCAUGGGUUCAAACACACAGGGUUACUGUACACAGGUGAGUGAGGUCUAGGGAUCGAGCCCUGGGAUCUGUAUCCGCUACUGCGGAGGUGAAAACCGUUUCAGUACGGUCAUUAUAGCUGUAUCUAGGCCGGAAGAUGCCUCAAAUACAGCUAUAAUGACCGUACGUUGUAUUCGGGGAAAGAAGGUAGUUAGAUCCUGAAUACUAACCAGCAAAACGCUGGGAUAAAAGAGAGUGGUACAUCCUUCUCUUGGGAAGUAAUCAAUGCCGUCCAAAAGA